CGCGCUCACUAUCUCAUCUUCCCUCUCGCAAUCUCUGCAACUGCUCUCAUAAACUGAAACAACACAACACAACACAACAAACAAACAAAACAUUAAGGUUGCUGUCGUCACUCAGCGCCGCCAUAAUCAUUUAUUACAAAAAAAACUGAAAACUAUCAUCAAUCACUAUGGGAAGCAACACUGAAGAAUCAUCAUUCACUACCUUCAAGCGCAAUAACGGCCACGUCGUCUUCCGUCUCCUCUGCCACGCGUCACGUAUCGGCGCUUUCAUCGGAAAAUCCGGCUCCGUCAUCAAAUCCCUUCAACAACUCACCGGAGCUAGGAUCCGAAUCGACGACGCGCCGGUCGACUGUCCGGAGCGUGUCAUCGUUGUCAUCGUUAAUCUCAACGGCGAUGGAGAUGUUUCUUUAAACCCACAGGAGGCUUUGUUGAAGGUGUUUGAGAGGAUUCUUGAUGUUGCUGCUGCGGAGAGUGAUGGAAAUGGUGUUGGUGAUAGGGUGGUUUCUUGUAGGUUGUUGGUGAAUGCUGGUCAGGCUGGUGGGGUCAUUGGUAAAGGUGGGAUGGUUGUGGCUAAGAUUAGGGCUGAUACUGGUUGUAGGAUUAGGGUUUUGAAUGAUAAGUUGCCGGCUUGUACUAAACCUUCUGAUGAAAUCAUUGAGAUACAAGGCAUUGCGUCAUCUGUAAAGAAGGCCCUCGUUGCUGUUGCUGGACGUCUUCAAGAUUGUCCUCCACUUGACAGAACAAAGAUGAUGGGAACCAGACCUUAUGAAGCAUUUCAAAAUGAAACUUCUGCUGUUCCACAUGAGGGUUUAACUGAUCUGAAUAUGGAUUUCCGUCUGCAGAGGAGCUCUGCAAUAUCCACUUCAUCCAUUAGGUCUAAUGGUGUCCCCUCUAAAAGUCAUCCGUUGUCAGUUGAAGAUAACAGAGUCUCAUCUCUGGAUCCGGAAGCACUUAAGCAGGAAGUUACCUUUAGAAUUCUUUGUUCCGGUGAUAGGAUUGGUGCUGUACUUGGGAAAGGUGGCAGUAUUGUAAAAGCUCUUCAGAACGAAACAGGGGCUAAUAUUAGUGUUGGUCCUCCAGUAGUUGAGUGUGAGGAUCGGCUAAUUACUAUUACUGCUUUAGAGAAUCCCGAAUCAAGAUUUUCUCCAGCGCAGGAGGCUGUUGUGCUUGUUUUCUGCAGGUCUAUUGAGUGUUGUAUUGAGAAGGUGGUAGACUGGCGAUCAAACAAGGAGUCAUCUGUCACUGCACAGCUAGUAGUCCCAUCCAACCAAGUGGGUGUUUUGUUAGGGAAAGGUGGAGCAAUAGUCUCAGAAAUGCGGAAGGCCACAUGGACUAGCAUCCGAAUAACUCGGAAUGGUGAAGUUCCAAAGUGUGCAUCAUUUAAUGAUCAAGUGGUACAGAUAUCAGGUGAACUUCCAAAUGUUCGAGAUGCAUUAUAUAAUGCUACUAGAAGACUGCGAGAUCAUAUUUUUCUCAUAGCACAAAACAGUGGCGGAACCGGUCCCUACAGGAGACCGAGGGACUCCAUUCCUCUUGGUCUUGGAGGCCAAUCAGUUGUUGGCAGUAAUCAUGGUCCAAGCAUUCAUUCUUUAUCUCAAAGCAUGGAUCAUCUCACCCUUUCUCGAAAUUCAGGUCGUUCUGCUUCAUCAGGGGUAUGGGCACCAAAGGUGGUGGGUGGGAAAAAUUCCAGAUAUACCGAUGAUGCUGGCAGGAGAUUGAAUCCUCGUGAAGGUGACUUAGAACUUGCCAGUGGGAGUAACACUGUCAUUGGUAAUGCUGCCAUUAUAACUAAUACAACUGUGGAAAUUAUGCUUCCCAAUGAUAUUAUUGGCUCUGUAUAUGGGGAAAAUGGUAGCAAUCUGGAUCAAUUGAGACAGAUAUCAGGUGCCAAGGUUGUUUUUCAUGAACCUCGUCCUGGAACAAGUGACAGAGCUAAAAUUGUCUUAUCGGGCACACCUGAUGAAACUCAAGCAGCUCAGAGCCUUCUCCAAGCAUAUAUUCUCAAUGGAUCAUCAUGAUAAUAUCCCCUCACCGAUGCCCCAUUAUUUUGAACAGUUUUGAAUUUUGUCGACAUAGUUUUUCCAUUUUUUGCGAUAUAUUUUUUGACACCACCGGAAAGCAUGUACAGCCCUUCAAUUUUACUCCACCAAUACACUUUUGCUAAAUCAAUUUAGCGUAGGUUGUUUACUGAACGGCAGUAUACUGACUCAACUCCGGUCUCUUGAAUCACUUUAGGGUAUACCUCAAUACUUUGUGUUCAACAGUUCUUUUAGAAAUAUUACCCUGUUAAGGAUGCUAUAUCUUGAUUCAACUCCUGAAUGUGAUUCUGUUUCAUGAUUUUAGACGUCUCAGCUUUUAAUAUUUCA